CUAAGAAUAGUCCAUUGAAACGUACCUAAUUAGUCUUGUUCCCUGCAUUCUCUGUGAGAGAAUUUUUUCCACCAUCAGGUGGAAUCAGUCACUAUCUGCUGUAUCCCCUUCACACUUUGUCCUUUACCCUGCUUUCUAUUUCUCAAACACUUUUUAUUCCGAUCACCUCCUCAGCCUUAACCCUUUCACCUGUUCCUAUUACCAUCUUAAUUUUCCCUGUAAUCACCCCUUUCUACACAGCUGCAGCCAGUCUGAUUUGCUCCAUGUUUCUCCUCCCUCAACUCUCUAGUCACCAACCCUGCUCCUCAUUCAUCUCUCAUCAAACCUGCACAUCUUUCCCCACCUCUCUCCAGCUCUUUUCAGCCUUUCUCUCAUUCCUGUUUCUCAUUUCUAUCCUCUCAUACUAUUACUGAACCCUACCUCUUCCCAUUCACCACCUCUAUUGCUCCCUAUUUCUCUCCCAUGUUGUCAUCACCAUCCCUUCACCACAUUAUUUCAACCCAUCCCUUCCUCUUAUUCUCACUAUUCUCUCUCAUCUGAUCUCUAUUCCUCAUUCUUCACUUCUCUCUUUACCUAGCUCUCCAAACUACUCAACAAUCUUGCUCCCUAUUUCUCUGCUCUUUGCUGUCCAUGUAUUGCAUAUUUCUGUGCUUUCUAUUUUCAAUUCAUUUUUCGACUUCCUUGAUCCAAUCACUACCUCUCCUUCCUCACCCAAUUCUCCCCCUCCCUUCCUGAAAACAGAUUCUUGGUCCUAGUAUCAGCUCUUUGCCAGAUGCCUCCAUCCUCCUCCCAGCCUGGGGGAGAGCUGUAAAAAAUGUACCCACGUUUCUUAGAGAUACAGAGACCCCCAGCGGGCAGGAGCAGUCUAAUUAGAAGAAGGGUGGGAGAGGGGCUUCCUGCCAAUCACACAUUUUGUAAAUGGUAACAUUAGGCUUUGUUUGCUGUGAUCCUCAGUGAGGUGUUUGCAUAUUUUACUUCCAUAUUGUUAAUAGUGCAUAUUUUACAUACUAAUAUUAGAUGUGUGUAGGUAUCUAAACUCCCUGUAGAGCUUACAUUUUAUUAAUAUCACAGUAACAUUUUGAGGUCAGGAGAGAUCUAAAAUUAAUAGCCCCAAACCAUAGGCAUGUACGUGAUGUGGAUUUUUUAUUUAAAUAACUGUCUGUUAUUCCAAGCAAACUGCUAGGUAACUCAUUGAAUAAAUUAAACCUGGAUAUAUUGAAAUCUGUUUUUUUUUUUAAAAUUUCUCCAUUGGAACGUCGUGACACAGCUGCGUGUGUUCAUGGUGAUUAUUCACUAUGUGAGAGAAUCCCAAUGUACAGUCACGGUUGUUAGAAUGGCGAGGCUUCGUCUGUGUUUCCAAGACACACUUUAAUCUCCAAGCUCCACAGCUGCUUUAAAUUUCCUGCCUCCCAUUCCUUGGUGUUCAGCUCUCCCUGUCCUCUGUACUUCCCCAUCUCUACACUCUGUGACAGCCGAUAAGAACGGAUUGUCCCCACCCAGCUUGCCCUCCCCUAACCCACCAGAGUCCCUUACUACCCAUUGCUUUGUUAAAUUCCAGAUGAAUGAAUUCAAGGUUUUGUCUUCCGUCUUUCCCCAACAGAUUAUAAUUCAAUACUAUAAAGCUCUGUGCCAUAGAUAAGAUUAUACUUCAGAAACAACAAAAAAAAAGAAUCUCAACAAUCCAUUAUUUGUGUCCUUCGGAAGAUGGCAGCUUUCUUGGGAAUGGGUAAAAAAAAAACACAAUUCUUAAAGGAACGCCGUAGGAACUGAAUUGGUUAUAGUGCCUGGAGUCCUCUGCUGUACUCUUUCCAUUCAGUAUUAUGCCAUUUUUUAGCAGUGAAUAGUGUCCCACAGUCUGGCUCUAAUGAAGGUAUGGCUAAGGCAGAGAUAUCACACUUUUUUCAUGCCAUACUAAUUCAUACCAGCAAUGGGUUCGGGGAUAGGCUGGAAAGCAGUCCGCUAGCACUCUAAGCCAAUCACUGCGAAUCUCUUUGCUGCUAAGGCUAAUUGUUCUUCAUUAACCCAAUCAGCUCAG